GCUGUGACGUCUCUCUGACGCUUCAUGUUCCGGUGACGCGCAUCCGUCGCUCUCUUCUACUCUCCGGAUCCAUCAUGGGUCGAGUCAGGACCAAGACGGUGAAGAAGGCCGCCCGGGUCAUCAUCGAGAAGUACUACACCCGUCUGGGUAACGACUUCCAUACUAACAAGCGCGUGUGUGAGGAGAUCGCCAUCAUCCCCAGCAAGAAGCUUCGCAACAAGAUCGCCGGAUAUGUGACGCACCUGAUGAAGCGGAUUCAGAGAGGUCCAGUCAGAGGUAUCUCCAUCAAACUGCAGGAGGAAGAGCGAGAACGACGAGAUAACUACGUCCCAGAGGUCUCCGCUCUGGACCAGGAGAUCAUCGAGGUGGACACGGACACCAAGGAGAUGCUCAAGCUUCUGGAUUUCGGCAGUCUGUCCAACCUUCAGGUUACCCAACCUCCUGUUGGCAUGAACUUCAAGACUCCACGCGGCGUCUAAACAUUUGUAAUAUAUCUCUUAAUAAAACUUGGGGGAAAAUAACCAA